AAUGCCAUAAAUACAUAACAAAGAAUAAAACUAAACAUCGACGUGUACAAAACCUAUUAAUUUGUCUGGUUAAGAUUUGUUUUGUAAGAUACAAUUGCACUAAAGUUUGUCGCGAGUAUUUAAUAGAAUGUUGGAAUCUUAAUAAUUAGAAAAGGGCAGGUAAACGAAUCGUCAGGAAAAUGAUGCCGUCCCCGUGUCACAAAUUUCAUUCGCAGCCAUUUCAUCCUCAAAACAAUGUCACUGUGAGUGAGUGUUCGUUUUCAUGUUUAAAUAUAACCGCUGACUUCUAGCACCGGACAUGUUCCGUUCGUCUGUGUUCUUCGACAUGAGGUGUAAGAAUAUACCCUCUCAAGAAAGAACCAACGUCUUAUUUUUUGUACUGUGAAAGGCUGCAUGUUGGUUUCCCGGGGACAUCGUAUAUCUGCUUCCAUUUGUUGGCUUAUCUAAGAAAAAUAGAGCAAAUCUCCAGCGAAUGAAUAAUGGAGGAAGAUGACGAAGAGGCGACGCUAACCAGUGAACAGAAAAUUUCCCAGCCAAGCAUUUAUCAAUCCGCCCGAAGUAGUUUCCACCAAGACUCUGACCAAAGUAGAAAUAUCUUUAACGACGGUUCAAUUUUUGUUAACAAUUUGUUCACUGCAGUUUCUCUUCCGAGCAUUCAACAGUCUUGCACCGAUGAAGCGUCAACUGUUAAGAGUAACAAAGAGACACCCGACGAAGAGAGCUGCGAAGACACCAUCGAGCAUGAGACCAAAUCGCUUUCGCAUUACGAGGAAGCCUCGAGUUUGUACUUCCGUGAUAAGACUCGCACCAUUGACUUUGUCCUUGUUUGGGAUCAUCUUGAUGGAGAAGCAACUACGUACAGGAGUGUUGAACGCAGACGGGUCUUUGAAGGAAAUUUGGAGAAGGAAGGCCUGGAGCUGGAGUACGAGAAACCCGAGCCAAAUGGACUGCAUUUCAUUAAAAUUCACGCUCCCAGGGAAGUCUUGCGCCGCUAUUCCGAAAUUCUGAAACUCAGAAUGCCUAUGAAAGAAGUACCGAGUUUGAAGCUAACUCAGUCGUCCUACAAUGUUAUAAUCAACGAAGUCAAUUCUUUCGUUAAAAGAAUUAUGAGACGUUAUUACGUGGAUACUUCUAUUUUUCCUACAAUGAAGCACCGAUUUACAGCGGUCUACAGCCGAGAUAAGGAGUACUUGUUUGACUUGGAGGCACCGGAUUUCUUUACGCCGGCGACUCGUUCCAGAAUUGUGCAAUUUAUUAUAGAUAGAACAAAAUUUAACGAGAGCAACCAAGAGAAUGAUAUCUCAUUCGGUAUCGAUAGAUUAAUCGCCGAAAGGGUAUAUGAGGCAGCUUACCCACUUCAUGAUGGCAGUCUCCAUACACCAGGAUCUAUGCGAUAUUUAUUGUCCACAGAGUGGGCUAGCAUAAACAAAUGCUUUCAUUACCAGCCUUUGGAUUAUAUUAAAGAGUACUUUGGAGUAAAGAUAGGGCUCUACUUUGCCUGGCUAGGAUUUUAUACUCAUAUGUUAUUGCCGGCGAGCGUCGUUGGACUCCUAUGUUUCAUAUAUAGUUGCGCAACCAUAUACUCCAACAAGCCUACGGAAGAUAUUUGCAAUGCAAAAGAAUCCAUCAAAAUGUGUCCUCUGUGCGAUAAGUUUUGCGGUUACUGGGAACUUAAAGAAACGUGCAUAUACGCACGAAUCGCAUAUUUAUUCGACAAUCCGUCAACGGUAUUUUUUGCGAUAUUUAUGUCGUUAUGGGCUACGUUGUUCCUGGAAUUGUGGAAGAGUUAUUCCGCUGAAAUAACUCAUCGUUGGGAUUUAACUCGAUUUGAUACUCAAGAAGAGCAUCCUCGGCCUCAGUACUUAGCAAGACUGGCUCAUGUUAAGAAAAAGUCGGUCAAUAUUGUUACAAAUAACGUGGAGCCUCGAGUUCCCUUUUGGAAAGUACGAUUACCCGCCACGAUAUUGAGCUUUUCUGUGGUUUUAUUAUUGAUGGCUGUAGCAAUGGCGGCGGUUUUGGGCGUAGUUUUAUAUAGAAUGUCCGUUUUGACAGCGCUGAGCGUUUCCGGAAAUCCAAUGAUGACAAGUUAUGCUACAUUAUUUACUACUGCCACAGCCGCCAGCAUCAAUUUAUGUUGCAUUAUGCUAUUUAAUUGGGCUUAUAAUUGGCUAGCGGAAUAUCUGACAGAGAUUGAAGUUCUACGUACUCAAACGGAGUUCGACGACAGUCUAACUCUGAAGAUAUACUUGCUGCAAUUUGUCAAUUACUAUGCGUCCAUAUUUUAUAUAGCAUUUUUUAAGGGCAAAUUUGUUGGUUACCCUGGAAAGUACAAUCGCUUUUUCCGAAUUCGACAAGAAGAGUGCGGUCCUGGUGGCUGUCUUAUGGAGCUGUGUAUCCAACUUAGUAUAAUUAUGAUCGGGAAACAGGCCAUGAAUACGGUCCUAGAAAUGUUGCUUCCAUUAUUUUAUAAGUGGCUAAACACUUUGAAGGUUCACGUCGGAACGUCCGAUAAUGGAAAUAGAACCGCAGACGGUGCCAAAAUGUCGUUCAAUUCAGGAAAGCACGUCCAAUGGGUACGGGAUUUUAAAUUAGUCCAAUGGGGUCCCAGAAGCUUAUUUCCGGAAUAUUUGGAAAUGAUUUUGCAAUAUGGAUUCGUGACGAUCUUCGUGGCUGCCUUUCCUUUGGCUCCGUUUUUCGCAUUGCUGAACAACAUUCUCGAGAUGCGUUUGGAUGCCAAAAAAUUGUUGACCAUGUAUCGAAGGCCUGUUGGACAACGCGUUAGAGAUAUAGGCGUUUGGUAUAGAAUACUAGAUUCCGUAUCGAAACUGUCGGUCAUUACAAACGGCUUCAUCAUUGCAUUCACUUCGAAUUUCAUUCCACGACUUGUGUAUCUGACGACUGUUUCGAAAGAUUACUCGAUGGAUGGAUUUCUUGAGCAUUCUCUGUCAAAAUUCAAUACGAGUGAUCUUCAAAACGGAACGGAGCCUUUGCACGUGGCUGACAAAACAAAUGUUGAAAUCUGUUAUUAUGCCGAUUAUAGAGAACCACCAAACUCUCCGAAUAAGUACCAAUACACUCUUACAUUCUGGUACAUUCUGGCUGCAAGAUUAGCUUUUGUUGUGAUAUUCGAGAAUAUCGUAGGGGUUGUAAUGAUCUUUGUACGAUGGUGCGUGCCGAGCAUGAGUCCUCAACUUCGGGACCAAAUUCGUCGUGAAGCAUAUAUUACAAAUGAAAUAAUAAUACAACAAGAAACCCAACGUGCUUGUACUCGAACUGCUAACGGAUUUUCUAAUACCAAGAAUCAUGAUUCAAACCAUGGUAUCUCCAAUCGUUGGAAUCGAGUAAUCAGAUCAUCUUCAUCUAAUUCUCUGUAGUGAAUUCCUGUUCAAAUAUUUAUCCUUCAUAAAGGAAGAAAAUUACUUACAAUAUCUACAACCUAAUCUAUGAGACUAUUUAACCUGACUGAAUAAUCAUUAUUCACAUUAGUACGUAUAAUUAAUAGAAUUGAAGUCUAAUAAUUUGUCAACAACUUCAACAACAGUGACAAACAAGUACUUACUACUAUUUUUUAUUAAGACAAGAAAUGGAGCAUAUUUUAAGAAAUACCUCAGCAGCAAAGCUUGCUUUGCUUCGUUAUGAUAUUCAAAAUUUAAAAAAGUUAACAUAUUUCAAAUUUUUAAGAAAGGAUAUACUGCCAAUGGAGAGUCCUAUAUAUUGUACUGUAAUGUAAUAUGUAAGAAAACUUAUAAGUUAUACUGUUUUAUUGAUUGAACUUGACUAAUACAUAAUAUUUAUGAUACUUAAUUAUAGUCUGUAAUCAGGGACAGUAGAUUUAUUAAAUCGAACAGUGAUAUUUUUAAUAUUUUAAAAGUCUCUUGACAGACUUUUUGUCUGCGUUUCUAGAAACAGUAAAUGUAACGAUAAUCUUUCCGUAACUAUAACAUCAAAUGUGAAAAAAUAAUUCUGUUACUGUUUCGUGUUACUAUAUUAGUGAAGUGAUAAUAUGAGUUAAGAUAAUGUCGUACUUUAUCUUAAAUAUUUUAUAUUAUAAUUUCUUUAUACGGAAUGUAUAUUUUUCUUCGCUACUUUGAUAUCAAUAUCUGUCAAGCGUAUAAAUAAAUCGUGAUGAUAUUUUAAAAAUAA